AUGAUCCGGACAAGCUGCAUAGUCCUUGCCGCAGUUUCAGCCGCCGCAGCUUCCCGCCACGAGUCGCUGCUUCGGCGGGAGGGCAGGGGGCAAUUGGCAUUGGAGGCCGACCUGGACGCUGCUGAGCUGCCACUCAAGAACAGCCCAGUAUUUGUGCUGGCAUUCUGCCCGCUGAUAUUGGCGUCAACUGCUGCGGCGGGCUUCCUGCAGUUCAGAAAGACGCUAGUGACAACCGCCGCGGAGAUCUCGGAAACGGCGCAGAGCAACGAUACCAAGCGUGCUCAGUACCGGAGGAGCUCUUUGAAGGUGGAGGAGGGCCACAUCAAGCAGUCAGGCUUCCGGCGCUCGCGUUUGGGCACUCUGCUGAACCUUGCCUUCCUGAAAGCCUUGGUUGCUCAGCACGUUCUUCUAGCAUCGCUGAUUGCUGUGAACUCCUUAGACGAGUGGUGCGGAACAAAUUGGCGAGCCGUCUUGCUGAGGCCUCCCGGCGCGGCGCCGAUGCACUUCACCUGGGAUGCCACAGCUGUGGCGUUCCUGAUUGUGUACUUCCCGGCCUUGGCGCUAACUUUAUCCUAUUCCCUCACGUUCCAGUGGUGGCAGAGAAAGUUCCUCCUUCCCUGCCCACUCAAGGAAGCCGAGCUGGUGAGGCUCUCCGUCCUGUUGGACGGGGAUAUAGUGGAGGACCUUGCCCGGGUCAACAGAUCUGGCGUGCCACGGAUCUACUCCCGAGGAUGCCGCUAUGUAUGGAAGGAAGAGCUCGGAAAGUUCGUCAGCAUGCAGGCCGAGAAGCAGAAAUCCGCGGAGUCUUUGCGGCAGCGCUUGGAAGAGGGCGGGCUCUCACAGCAGAAAGCUUUGGAGCGCCUGCACUUUGUGGGCCCCAACCGAAUUGACGUGCCAUGCCCUGGCAUGCUGGAAGCCUUGCUCUCCGAGCUGGCGAGCUAUGAUUACCUCUACCAGCUGUUCUUCCUGUACCUGUGGUGCUUAGUCUCCAUGUUCAAGACCUCCCUGGUGUGGGCCCUGCUCUUCGCCGUGAGCGCCUUCGUCAAGGCGCAGACCAUGCGCCGCAACCAGCUGGCCAUGAAGCAAGCCGCUGCAACAGACGCUAUCCCUUUCAAGGUGUUGCGCGACGCCAAGCAGAUCACUAUCCAAAGCCAGGACCUUGUUCCUGGUGACGUUGUGUACUUGGAUCAGUCUGGUGUGAGUGUACCAGCGGACGCCUUUGUGGUGGAAGGCAGCCUGCUGGUGAAUGACGGCGAAGUGACCGGCGAAAGCAUUCCUAUCCAGAAGCUGGCUGUAUCUGGCGGGGUAGUCCAUGCCGGGGACGAUAAGAAGCACUACCUUUUCGCGGGCACCACUAUCCUCCAAAGUGGGGAAUCGACCAAAGCUGUGGUUGUGGACACUGGUGGCAACACCAUGCGUGGCCAGCUGAUGUUGCAGGCGCUGUACCCAAAGCCGCUGUACAGCCAGUUCGAGAAGGACUAUCACAAGUUGAUGGCGUUGACCGUAGGCGGAGGCAUGUGUGCUGGCAUCGCCAUUUGGUGGCUUCAGCAUUGGCGGGUGGUAGGCGCCCUCAGCGGCAUCUUCGUCAUCUUCAACUGCUUCUCCCCGCUGCUGCCAGUGUCGCUGGUCCUGGGGCAGACCAGCUCUGCAGAACGCUUGCGCGACAAGCACGGUGUGCUGUGCGUGAACUCGAGCCGAACAGCCGUCGCUGGGCGAGUGGACAUUGGCCUCUUCGACAAGACGGGCACAUUGACGCAGGAUGGCCUGGACUUCGUCGGAUGCUAUCCCGCCUCCAGGGCAUUUGCUGGAGAGCCACCCCUGGAUCCCAAGAAUUGCGAGUCCUUGCGCCUGGUGCUGGCCCUGGCGCACUCGCUGUCGGCCAUGGGCGAUCGCUUGGUGGGCCCGCAGGUGGAGAUCCAGAUGCUGCAGAACUCGAGUGCCACGUGGUCCGACCUCGAUCGCAUGUCCUGGGACGAUGGCUUGGCCGCAGAGGUGCAGGAGCGGUUCCCCUUCAACCACCACACGAUGACUCAGAGCGUCGUCAUCAAGACCUCACGGUCUGUAAAGAUGGGAGAUGCAGAAGGGCAACGCUUUGGGCUGGUGAAAGGUGCGCCAGAGAGCGUGGCGCGCCUGUGUGGCACACAUCCUCAGGUGUUGCUGGAGGCUGCGGACGCCUGGUCGCGGCGAGGCCUCUACGUGCUCUUGGCGGCCUGCAAGCCGCUAGCGGAUGAGGUGACCAAAUACUCCCGGCAAGAGUUGGAGUCCUCAGGCGAGUGGCAAGCGCUGGGCCUGGUGGCCUUCCGCAACAACGUCCGCGAGGAGAGCGGCGCGGUGCUCUCGGAGCUCCGGGCCGCCGACAUCGGUGCAGUGAUGGUCUCAGGGGACUCACACCAGACAGCUGCUGCCAUCGCAGGGGAGCUGGGCAUCCUUUCCAAGCAGGUCCUGCUCACAAAGGUCACAGGCGACGGCGUUCAGUGGGUGGAUUUGGCAACAGAGGCGCAGGGGGAUCCAAGCGAUGAUGUGGAGCUGGUGGUUGCGGGUGAAGCCUGGGAGCUGUUGAAGGACCAAGAGAUGCCUUGGCUUCCAAAGGCCAAGGUCUUUGGGCGAGUUUCUCCAGCGCAGAAGGUGGAAAUUGUCCAGGCCUUCAUCCGCCUGGGCCACACGGCCAUGUUCGUGGGGGACGGGGGCAACGACAGCGGAGCUCUGCGUGCGGCGCAUGUCAGCUUGGCACUCACGGAGGCCACGCAUGAAAGUUCAGUUAUCGCGCAUUUCAAUACCACCACCAAGACACCAACAGCUGUCCUGCACGUCCUGCGAGAAGGCCGCGCUGCCUUGUCGAACAGCCUUAGCUGUUUCUUCUUCCUCUUCCACUACGGGCUUUUCAUGACCUGCACCAAAGUCUUGCUGGGGAUGCUCACUGAGAGGCUUCCGGUUCCGCUGGCCUGGGCAGCCUGGCAUAUCGUGCUGGUAGAGGGUCUCAUCAACACGAGCCAGAUCUAUGCGUUGGUGCAGUCAUCCGGGCGGAAGGAAUUGGUGAAAGAGAAGCCACCUUGGUCCCUGUUUUGUGCGUUUGGCAUGUGGUCCAUUUUUGGUCCCUUGGCCGUGAACCUCGUCUUUUUAUACGGCCUGACCUACCAGCUGGUGCAGCAGCCCUGGUAUAUCAAGUGGGACGGAGUCAAGGUGGGUGUGCAGCCGCACGAGAUGCAGGCCCAGGCAGAUAACUACGAAAUGGAGACCAUCUAUUUCGCUUUCUGCUUUGGCGUCAUUGCGUGUGGCUUCUGCAACGGCUUCGGCGGGAAAUUCAAGCAGCCAGUGUAUGAGAACUGGACGGCAAUGCUGGCCUUGGCAUUCUUCACUGCGGUUCUACUGGCCAUACUAUGGACCAGCCGCAACGCGUUUUGCUGUUUGUUCCGCUUCAAUUGCGACCAAGCCACGGUACUGCAGCUCCAUGGGCUGUGGCCCUGGCUUCAAGUGGGCGCAGGAGACGGCACCAGCUUCCGCGGCAUGGGCCCAGACUCAGGCAAUGUUCUUCCUCCGGCCUGGCGCAUGACCCUGACCGCAGCCGCAGCAGCAGCCUUGGCGCUGCAUUGCGCUGUGCGAAAGUGCAUCGACCACUUUGUGAAUUGA